GAGCGCUAACUCGCACGGCGCAAACCGCCACGACCGAGCCCGUAGAAAUCAACCCGAUGGACAUCAUCGGCAGGAUUGAAGCCGGCUGCACCCCACUCAUGAUGAGCGCGCUGUGGCAGCUCGUCAACGAUGUCGGCAACUCUCCAUACAAAGCCUUGGUCGACAAUCUUAAGAGUCCUACCAUCGUGGCGAGUAGUAGCACGGCACAGAGCGGCAAGGAUGCCGGCGCGGCACAGCAAGGAAACUCCUUCCAGGACAAGAUCAAAGCCAAGAUCUUCAGCUCAAUAUCUGAGAUCCCCCAGCUCAAGAGGGCAUCGUAUGGAACGAGAGGCCAAGGAGCUCAGUCUCGACCUGUCGGAUUUCAACCGCUCAUCUCACGACUUCAAGCGAUUUGUCACGGAGCUCGUCAACUCGACCGAGAGAAAUGCAGUUCAGUUCGAGGAAUGCCUGGUCUCCGUGUUUUUGCCCGAUCUCAACACCUUCAAGAAGCCAGUUCCGCACGACGGGGUAAGCGAGUUGUUUGAGUGGCUCAGGGACAGUGGGAAAGUAAGGAGAAUCAAGUCACUCAACAUCCCGGACAAUACGACUGUGCUAAUGAGUGACGGGCACGUUUCUGAGUGUAUACUGGAACGCUUCGAAAUUGAAAGGUUCGUCUGGCGCAAGCUGGACAUCAACCUCGACAUCCUGAUCAGCUCGCCCCAUAAGAGCGUCUUCACAGAGAUAACUCUAUACUCGACGGGGAACUUCAGCGUGCUAUAUCACUGGGCAAGCAAAGACGGAAUUGGUAGCCUACCUGGACUGAGAAGCGUGACGAUUGAGAUAAUGGCGCUCAACACCAAGAAUCAAUCACAAAAGGCUCAGGAAAGGCAUAGGCAGACAGUCGAUGUGUACCGCAGAAGACUCGAGGAAAUGUUGAUGGAACGAAAGAGGGAAAAGGAGGAAGAGCAGGGUAGAGCCGGCGAUACAAAAUUCAACUUCAGCUACAAAGUCAACACCGACGGCAAGUGGGAUUUCCCGACGCCACUGUACGUGACCCACCAGCCAGACGAGAUUGAACAGUUGGAGCUCAUCCAAAAACUGCAAGCCUGCCACCACUUCCUCAUGAACAUGAAGGACAAGAAGGGGGAUCCACGUCACAUCAGGAAUUUUGACAAGCUCCGAGAAUGGGAUAUGAAGGAGGGGGAGGAUAACUCGCACCUCAUCAAAGUGGCCAUCAUCGACAAUGGCGCCAAGUUCCGGCAGCGCAUCCGCGACUGCAUUGAGAGGGGCAUUUCCUACGUCAAGGCCGACACGGGUAGCGCCGAUCGGAUCCUCCCAUGGUGGAUGGUGUCGGACCCCCACGGCACGCAGAUGACGUCUCUGGUGUCGGCGGUCAACCCGUGGUGCCGGCUGUACAUUGCGCGUGUGGGCAAGGGUCGCCGCGACAUCCUUCCCGAGGACGCGGUGCAGGCUGUCAAGUGGGCGAUGGAGCAAAAAGUCGACAUCAUCUCCAUCAGCUGGGUGACCAAGUCGAUGGAGCCUGAGCUCCGCGACGUCAUCCAGGAGGCCGCCAAAAACACUCUGAUAUUCUGCUCGACUGCCGACCGCGGCACCGGUUCGGGUCCGGCCUACCCGGCCGACUACAACGGCACGGUGCGCAUCUCGGCUACCGAUAAGUACGGCAGCCUGAUGCCAGCGUCUGAGAAUGGAUCCCACGCCGUCAACAUCCCCGUGCCGGGCGAGGACAUUCCUGCCUUUGGCCCGUCAUAUAUGGGUGACGGCAUCGAAGUGGGGACCGUCUCGGGCUCGUCGGUUGCUACCGCACUAGCUGCGGGAAUUGCUUCCUUGUCCCUUCUCAUGCUCAUGGUGUUCAACGAUGAAGACAAGGACGCACUGAGGAAGAUGGAUCUGUACACCAACAAGAAGAUGGGGAGCCUGCUGUCCGCAGCCAUCAACCCCAGCCCCCAGUCAGACCCGCUGUUCCCGGUAGCCGCUAAGGUCAAGGAGCUGCCCGACAGGUGGAACCUUGCGACAAUCAUGGCCAGGCCCGAGAUGAAGAACACGUAAAGGAACGAGUAUAUAUAGCUUGUCCGCAUGAAAAUACCAUAUAAUAACUGAAGAAUAGCCAGCCUACCUACUACCUCAACAGCCGUGUCAUGUCCUUCUGGCCGAGAUCGCGCUUUGCCAGGGGAAUUUCCGCCGAAACGGUAGCGGUGAUCACGGCAAUGGCAUCAAGGCAGAUGAUGAGAACAGCGGUGUGGGAAUGGCAAUGCCCGCUUGGUCGGUAUUAUAGAGUAUGCGGGCCCUGCCGGUAUGACGAGGAUGUUGAGUGUUUGUAGGAAAGGAAGCCCAAAAUUCUAAUGAGGUCCGAGUAUUAUUGUUAUUGAGCAGGGAAGUUACCUACUUAUAGUAAAACGAAGGACUAGAAAU